AUUGGAACACGUCAUACAGCCUGUUGAAGAAGAAGAAGAAGACAUGUAAGGUCGCGUGAAAAUUGUGAAAAUCUUGAAAGAGAAUCCCGUGAAGAUGGUAUACGUGUCACGAGAUGGCACUGUCUAUGAUCGCCCUCCAUGGAGCCUGGAGAGGCUGGUCUCUCUCUUCUGGGCAGUGUGCAAUUUCAUCUAUGUUUUCUUCCUGACAAUGUUCAACCUAGAUCCGGAUAAUCCCCGAGGGGGCUUCUCUAGAAGUUCCUGGGGUGGAGGAAGCGGCGGUGGAGGUGGCGGAAAUCCACCAAGGCCACCAAACAGGCGAAUGGGAGGCUUCCGGACCAUAUCGGAUUGCUCUGUCCCUGGUGGUGGAUGAGCACGGUAAAGUGUCUCCGGUGAGAUUAAGUUCUCACCAGGAGGCACAGCCUUUUGGGGAUCCGUAGGGUGCUUUCUAGUUAGGUUGUCUGAGCUCCAAAUGCUCUCUGUGACGAGUAAUCCAUAAACCACGUGAAACUGGUGGGAUUUCUCCGAAGUGACACCUACUAGGAAUCAUCUACGGAUGGAGGGAAUCCUCGAAUAGUCAAAACUCAAAAAGAUCAACUUAAUUUUAUAAUCAGGCUAACCAGGCAAAGUUCCACAAUUUAUUUUUCCCAUUUUUCCAGAACAAUCCUCUGACAUUUGUAAAGUUUUCUUGACCGUUAAUAUGAUUAUUUUGUGGCGGGAAUAAAUGGAUUUCCGGGUGAUGGUCUUUAA